AUGGCGGUAGGUAAAACCAGGGCACAGGCUCAGCACCACCAGCAGUUGUCUGAGCUGGUGAAGUGCAAGCUGGAACAUAGGAGAUUCCACGUGAACAUAAGGAUUGACCUGCCUUGUCCCAGAGGCUGGUGGGGAAAUCCCAUUUGUGGCCCGUGUAAUUGUGAGACCAGUAAAGGGUUUGAUUCUGAUUGCAAUAAGACCAAUGGAGAAUGCCAUUGCAAGGCGAAUUACUACAGGCCGCAGAGCAGUGACACCUGCUACCCCUGUGACUGCUUCCCGUCUGGCUCCCACACGCGCGCCUGCGACAUGGAGACAGGACAGUGUCCUUGCAAACCUGGCGUCAUAGGGCGGCAGUGCAACCGCUGCGACAACCCGUUUGCUGAAGUUACCGUGAAGGGCUGUGAAGUAAUUUAUAAUGGCUGUCCCAAAGCUUUCGAAGCUGGUAUUUGGUGGCCACAGACCAAGUUUGGCCAGCCAGCGGCCGUGCCAUGUCCUAAGGGAUCAGUGGGAAACGCAGUUCGCCAUUGUAACAUGGAGAAGGGCUGGCUGCCUCCUGAGCUUUUCAACUGCACCACCAGCACUUUUGUCGAUCUAAAAAUCAUGAAUGAGAAGUUGCACCACAAUGAGACCAAGUUGGAUGGAGACAAAACCAUACGGAUUGUGAGAGUGCUGCAGAAUGCCACCAAAUACACACACAGCUUGUAUGGCAACGAUGUGAGGACAGCUUACCAGAUGAUGAUCCGGGUCCUCCAGUAUGAGAGCCAGCAGCAAGGGUUUGACUUGGCAGCCACGAGGGAUGUGGAAUUCAAUGAGAAUAUUAUCAAAGUGGGUAGUGCUCUACUGGACCCCAGCAAUAAGGAGCACUGGGAGCAAAUUCAGCGAACGGAGGGUGGCACCGCUCACCUGCUCAGGCACUAUGAGGAGUAUUUCAACAAUGUGGCCCAGAAUAUGAAGAAAACCUACAUGAGACCUUUUGUCAUUGUUGCCACUAACAUGAGUGAGUAUCUUUGUUGAAAACUGUCAUUUU